UUCACAUCUCUGUCAUCUGAUAGGGCUACCCAAGGAUGCAGUCAUUGAUAAUGUUCGUAAGGUUUGUGUGCUCAUAAGGAAUACAGGAACUAAAGCGCUAUACAGAUUCCGCAAUAUGGCGCUGUUGCCUCUGGUCCUAUGUUUGUGCCUGGGUUUGGCGGAAGGUGCGAGUGAAAAAGAACAUUCCGUCCACCACGAUUUCCGGUACCCAUUCAUCAUCGAUGCAGCGGAGCAGGAGUUCGAAGGGCGUGUGUGUUCCAACAUGGAGCUGUUUGCUCUCAUACCGGUGGAACCGGAGGACCUAGAAAAGGACCUGCAGGGCGGAGCCUGUGUCACUAACGUGGAGCAAUAUCUCAAGAUUGACGUGCGCAAUGUGUCGUGGAACCCCGAUAUUAUUCACCACAAGAAGACGGACAGCCCCAGAACAACCACUACUAUCAUGCCUCCACACGGUGGCACCAAGCGCCCGCAGGGCGCCAUCGUCGACCUCCCCGACGGCGUGGAGUUUGACGUCCUCAAUACUGAACUCAUCGACGUGGACGACGCCUACUUCCUUGUUGUCAGUAACCCUGAUGUGAUGCGGGAGAAAAAAGAAAUACAGUUCUACGUUGUACUUGUGACGUCAGAUACUAACCAGAUUGUGUCCAACCCCUUGCCAUUCGCCGUAAGGGUUGAUCAUCCCCCCGACGAGGGCCGACCCCACGGGGCAGCGAUGUUUGCAGGCGUCCUCGUUCUCGUUAUCAUCCUCAUUGCCUUCCUCAUCCCCAUCACCGUCUGUGUUAAACGACGACGAAAGGCAGGCAAACCUGUUUGCUCGUGCGGAAGCCCGGAUGUCGAAAAGGACGAGCGCAAAGGUCACGUGAAUAAUGGUUACGUCACCGACACACGUGACGUCAGGACUGACUCGUCAGUUUCAUCUGUUGAUCCACAUCAGACGAUAGGAAGUCACCAGCUUAGGAGUGUCACGAAACUGAACUUUGAGCCAACGUGGCUAGAUCCUCAUUAUAAAGAAAUGGAAGAGAAGCCAGGCACCAGUGCCAACCGGAUACCUCUAACGGGACAGCAGACAGCAGGUUGUAGUGGUUAAGCAUACACAGACUGGACUUGACAUCUGUUGUCUGAAACCGGAAGUCCGCGCGAUGCAGUGAUCAUCAAUUCAACAACAGAUGGCAUUGUUCACAUUUAAUAAAAGACAAUAGUGUAUUCACGAACAGGUUGGGAAUACUAAAACUGUAUGAAAAAGAUGAGACGCGUACGUAAUAAGAGUGAGUGAGUUUAGUUUUACGCCGCACUCAGCAAUAUUCCAGCUACAUGGCGGCGGUCUUGAAUAAUCGGAUCUGGACCAGAUAAUCCAGUGAUCAACAGCAUGAGCAUCGAUCUGC